AUGGCGCUUUGGAAGUUUCCCAAGCUCAACUCCACGCUAGGGACGCUGAGGGCCUAUCACUUGGCCGCAAUCAUAUUCGUCUCUUCGUUCUUGGCAGGUUAUGACUCCGGCAUUGCGGGCGGAAUUUUGAGCUACAAGACCUUCGAGGAUGACUUUCGUUAUACUAGCGCCCACGAGUCUAAGGUCUCUUCCUUAACGGUCGGCCUGGAGCAGCUGGGGUCCUUCGUCGCAUCCCUCUUUGCUUAUUAUCUCACCGACAAGUUUGGGCGCAAAUGGGUUAUCAUCGGCUCAACUGCUGUAUUCUGCAUCGGAGUGAUCAUUCAGGUCAUCAAUACCCACUCGCUCGGUGCAUGGUAUGCAGGCCGCAUUAUCGCUGGUAUCGGUAUGGGAGGUCAAAGUGUUGUUGUUCCCAUGUACUCCGCCGAGAUGACGCCGAAGGAAAUCAGAGGGCGAUGCGGUUCCUUCUAUCAAUGGCUAUACACAUGGGGUAUCCUUGCGGCUUAUUGGAUAGACUAUGUACCGAGUGCAAGUAUAUCGAAAACAUCACGCGAAUGGCAGAUCCCCGUGGGUCUCCAGCUGGUCUCGGGAGGAAUCAUGGUAAUCGGAGCAUGUACACUGCCUGAGUCCGUACGUUGGCUACUAAGCCAAAACAGAGCCGACGAAGCUUGGAAGUCCUUGACCUGGAUUCGCGGUGACGAAGGGGAGAAAACCAUCGAAGAGUUUAAAGAGACACAGCUCGGCUUGAAGGCAGAAAAGGCAGCGAAAGAGAACUUUUCUCUUCGUGAGCUGUGGGAACCGGCUAAUCGCCUGCGUUUCUGCGUCGGGCCUAUGCUUUUUGUUUUUCAAAACGCAACGGGAAGCAGUGCCCUUGCUGUCUUCGCACCAGAAUACUUCAAGCUCCUUGUCGGAAGCGGAGGUAACCGUGAUCUUCUGCUCACUGGUCUCUUUGGUGCUGUGAAGUUCAUUGCUUGCACAUUCUUCAUUCUCUUCCUCGCAGAACGAUUCGGCCGUCGGAUUCUGCUCACAGGCGGAUCAGUCUUCAUGGCGAUUUGUAUGUUGAUUACCGCUUUGAUUGUCAAGUGUAUCCCGACCGAGUCGAAUACGUCAGUCACAUCUGCCGGCCGAGCCACGGUCGCCAUGCUCUACUUGGAUAUCAUGGUUUAUAAUUGCUCAUGGGGUCCGGUCCCUUGGGCAUAUGUGCCGGAGAUUUUCCCCACGCGCAUUCGAGCCCUGGGACUAGCAUGCAGUAUGUUGGCUCACUGGGCGACAUCAUUCUGUUUUUCCUUUGCUAGUCCCUACAUGAUUGACAACAUCGGAGCAAACACCUUCCUGUUGUUCAUGGCUUUCGAUAUUGCCGCUGCACUCUUCUGCUUUGUCUUUGUCCGUGAAACUCGUGGUCAGAAUCUGGAGGUUGCCGCAGGGACCGAGUGGGACGUGGUUGAAAAGUCCGCUGAUGAUCUGGCGGCAAGCGAGAAAGGCGAAGUCGACAUUGAUAAACCUUCAGAGAUUGGAGUGGCACCUGCGGCUGGCAAGCAACUGGAGGUCGUUGCGGUGCACGAUACUUACGGCUCGAAUUUUAAGCGGCGGUCGUAA